AUGGCCGCGUUCCGAGCACCGUCCGCCUCUUUCCUCGCUGCAUUCCUCCCAGUUGCGCGCGAACGAUUAAUUCACGAACCUGCCACGAGACGGAUACCUCUGCUCCAGCAAAUCCAGCAACUGCGAAUCGAUGCCGCCCUUUCACCCCUCCUGCCCGCAGCUCUUACCCCGAUCCCAUCAUUACUUGGACAGCUGUGGGAAGGCGUCUUGCGCGCAGUGCCGAAGAAGAAAACGAGUCACAUGAAGAAGCGACAUAGGCAGAUGGCGGGCAAAGCACUGAAGGAUGUCACCGCAUUGAACAAAUGCAGCGCAUGUGGAAGGCUGAAGCGAGCACACGUGUUAUGUCCAUAUUGUGUGACUAGCAUAAAACAGUGGUUCGCAAAUGGAUUCAAGUCAAAACAAGAAGUGGAGGAGUUGGAGAAGAAGCGAUUCGAGGAUUUGAAUGACUCGCUGAGGGCCAGAGGAAGGCGGCCUCUCCAGUGGGAAUCUCUGUACGGUGAAAAGAAGAGCCCGGCCGAAGCCAAGUGAGGCAGGAGGAAAAAACAUUGGAAGCAUAGCGAUGGCGUUGCGUGAGGUUCGGCGCAUAGUCCUGGCACAUAAGAGAUGCGGCAGAGAGAAGGGUUCAAAUUAUGCAUCUCACAGGUCUGACGAUGAAGUUGCGCAUGCAAGAAUGGGAGGAAAUUGGUAUCGACAUGUUUCAUGAAAUAUUUAAGCAGAGCUCACUGAACGUACCACGAACCAUCCUUCGAUAUUUCCCGCGCAAGACCGUAGAUAUCGGUCUGGAGCCAUGCUCGCAGGCAAUGCGACAAGUUUCUGCGAUGAAAUCCGGCGAAACCACUGUUGGCACGGUCUGCCAGACAUGCAUCGACUGGUCCACAUGCGGACACAGCAUCUGGUGAUGUCUCACUUGAAUGUCUGCCGUCGAGAUGCCCGUGUGUAUAUUACCUCGACAGACUUAGCCACAUCAACCAUCAACAAACUCUCG